UAAAGACUUAUUAUGUAAUUAUCUUUUAUUUUAGGCAACGAUUGAUUUAUUCUUGCUGGAAAUAUUAUUCACAGAUGCAUGCUCUGUUUUGCUCUAGCGGGUAUUGUUAUGGCCUGACAUUAUAACAGCACCAAUGCGUUCCCUUGUUGUCUGAACUCUCAAGUCUCGUACAUGCCACUUUGCUCUCGAAGUGUUCGAUGGUUUGCCUGUGAUGGGUGUUGUAGAAAUUCCAGAGUUUUGAUGCAAUACUUGAGAUUUUUGUGGGCAAUAACAGCUUCCUGUGAUGAAAGAAUGAUUAUCUUGCAUUGGGUUGUGGUUUGUUUUUGCAAGGAAGUUGGUGAAGAGAUGCAAGAUUUCAUGUCAUUUUGGUGCAGAUGAGGCGCAGAGUAACAAAAGAGUUGAAUGUUGGAUCUUCCUCAAUUUGGUCCCAGUAACCAAUGAUCAGAAACUUAAGAUACUCACCGCGUAUAGCUUUAAGUUACAAUGAUUUUGCUGCUGUGAAACCAACUGGGUUGCCAAGCUUGAGGACAGAACAGUUUACUAAUGAACAUCUUACGAAUGAUUACAUUCAAUCCCUGUGCAAGCAAAGGCUUUACAGAGAAGCCCUUGAUGCAUUUGACUUCAUACGAAAGAAUACAGCGUUCAACAUAGAGCUCAGCACUUAUGCGCGUCUCAUAUGCGCCUGUUCUGCUUUGAGAUCUUUAGAACAUGGCAGGAAAGUCCACAAUCACAUUUUGACUUCCAACUGUCAACCAGACAUAAUUCUUCAAAAUCAUAUUCUUAACUUGUAUGGAAAAUGUGGGUCGUUGAAAGAAGCUAGAAAGUUUUUCGAUGGGAUGGUCCAGCGGAAUUUGGUCUCAUGGACUUCAGUGAUUGCUGGGUACUCACAGAAUGGCAAAGAGGUGGAUGCCAUUUUGUUGUAUCUUGAAAUGCUCCAAUCAGGUGUGUUGCCAGAUCACUUCACCUUUGGAAGUAUUUUAAAAGCGUGCUCAGGUCUGGGUAAUGUUGGGUUAGGGAGGCAAAUACAUGCCCAAGUCAUAAAAUCAGAAUUCGGCUCUCACCUGAUUGCACAGAAUGCUCUCAUUGCAAUGUACUCUAAGUUUGAUAAGAUUGCUGAUGCAUGGGAUGUUUUUUUUCGUAUUAGAGAGAAAGAUUUAAUUUCUUGGAGUUCUAUGAUUGCAGGGUUUUCUCAACUUGGUUAUGAGUGCGAGUCUCUGCACUAUUUUAGAGGAAUGGUCUGCCAAGGUACAUAUGUGCCAAAUGAGUAUCUAUUUGGCAGUGCUUUUCGUUCAUGCAGCAGCCUCCUAAAACCAGAGUAUGGAAGGCAGAUACAUAGCUUGUGCUUAAAAUUUGGGUUUGGUGGAAAUAAUUUUGCUGGAUGCUCCCUCUGUGACAUGUAUGCAAGGUGUGGUUUUCUAGGUUCUGCCAGAAUAGUGUUUAGGCAGAUAGAAAGACCUGAUUUAGCAUCAUGGAAUGCAAUUAUUGCUGGGAUAGCAAGUGGCAGUGAUGCCAAUGAAGCCUUAUCACAGUUUGCUCGGAUGAGACAUUUGGGGUUGAUCCCAGAUGACAUAACAUUUCGCUCCUUACUCUGCAGUUGCACGAACCCUUUGUCACUCUAUCAUGGCAUGCAGGUCCAUUCCUACAUUAUUAAACUGGGUUUUGAUUUUUAUGUGUCAGUAUGUAACGCUUUACUCACCAUGUAUGCAAAGUGUUCAAAUCUUCACAAUGCAUUCAGUGUGUUUGAAGAGAUGAGAAACACUGCAGAUUCAGUUUCUUGGAAUGCAGUUCUUACAUCAUGUCUGCUGCACAAGCAACCUGGAGAGGUUUUAAGAUUAUCAAAGCUAAUGCUUGGUUCUGAGAUCAAGCCUGACCAUAUUACAAUAAAUAAUAUAUUGGGGGCCUGUGCAGAAAUAGCAUCUCUAGAAAUGGGGAAUCAAAUUCAUUGCUACACCAUGAAAAGUGGUUUAAUACUUCAAGCUCCUGUUGUGAAUGGAUUGAUUGACAUGUACGCAAAGUGUGGAUCCCUUGUAAGUGCUCAAAAGCUUUUUGAUUCUGUAGUGAAUCCUGAUGUUGUCUCGUGGAGUAGUUUAAUCGUCGGGUAUGCUCUAUUUGGAUAUGGAGAAGCAGCUCUUAAUCUUUUUGGGAUGAUGAGAAGUUCAGGUUUUAAGCCAAAUGAAGUAACAUUGCUAGGAGUCCUAACUGCUUGCAGUCAUGUUGGACUGGUCGAAGAUGGUUGGCGGUUGUACAAGACCAUGGAAGCUGAAUAUGGGAUUGUGCCUACAAGAGAGCACUGCUCUUGUAUGGUGGAUUUGCUUGCUCGUGCUGGACUUUUAUAUGAAGCAGAAAGUUUAAUCAAUGAAAUGGCAUGUGAUCCUGACAUUGUGGUGUGGAAAACUUUGCUCGCAGCUUGUAAAACGCGUGGAAAUGUCGAUAUUGGAAAACGUGCUGCAGAAAACAUUCUGAAAAUUGAUCCAACCAAUUCUUCUGCUCUUGUUUUACUCUGCAAUAUUCAUGCUUCUUCUGGGAAUUGGGCAGAUGUUUCCAGGUUGAGGAGCUUGAUGAAAGAAAAGGGUGUCAAGAAAGUUCCAGGUCAAAGCUGGAUUGAAGUUAAGGACCGGAUCCAUGUCUUUUUUGCAGAAGAUAGUUUGCACCCCCAAAGAGAGAACAUUUACAAUAUGCUUGAUGACUUGUGGCUGCAAAUGCAGGAUGAUGGCUAUGUUCCAUCACAGUGAUUGUUUAGCAAUGACAGAUGAGCUUGGAACAUGUUUCCAUGGCUUGGUAUUUUGAUGCCUAGGGCUAGGUUGGAUUGAAAUAACUUUUACCAUUGUGCAAAGGUUUGUAGUAAAUGUUUUUUUUUAUUUUUGAAAGGAAUCAUAUCACGAUCACAACUCAAACAUAAACAUGCUGAA